AUUUCCAGGUUUCUUCGGAAGUGACGACACUUGGAAGCGGGAGUGCGGAAAUGCCGGUUUUUGACCGCUGAAAACGUGUUCGAAGCGAAGACACGUUAGCUCCAAAUACACAGCGAAAAUGGAAGCCACAAAAGAGCCGCACAAACGGUACAUCUGCUCGUUUCCCGACUGCUCGGCCGCUUAUAACAAACAGUGGAAGCUGGACGCACACCUGUGUAAACACACCGGAGUGAAGCCUUUCUCCUGUGAGCGCGAGGGCUGCGGUAAGUCCUUCUGCAACGCGAAUCACCUGGCGCGGCAUGAACUCAGUCACACCGGGGCGAAGCCGUUUCUCUGCACGGUAGAUGGCUGCUCGGAGGCCUUCACCACCAACGCCAACAGGAACCGACACAUCAGCCGCAUUCACAGCCAGGAUCACAAGAAGUAUGUCUGCAAAUAUGACGGCUGCGGCCUGGAGUUCAGGAAACACAAACAGCUGAAGUCUCACGUGUGUGAGCAGCACGACCAGCUGCCUCCCUACCAGUGCACCUUUGAAGGCUGCCAGAUGCGAUUUGCCUUCCCCAGUAAACUGAAGAGGCACGAGAAGGUGCACAGGGGAUACCCCUGCCAGGAGGAGGACUGCACGUUCACAGGGAAGAACUGGACAGAAUUACUGAAGCACAGGAAGAACCACCACUGGUGUGUUGCCAGGUGUGCCGAGUGCAACAAGGAGUUCAGGGACUCCUGGUUUCUGCAGCAGCACCAGUACGUCCACUCUGAGAUGAGAGUGGUAUUCAAGUGUCCCAGAGAUGGCUGCGACAGGUCAUACACCACCCUCUUUAACCUACAGAGCCACAUCAGCUCCUUCCACGAGGACGUGCGUCAGUUUGUCUGCACCCACAGUGGCUGUGGAAAGACAUUUGCCAUGAAACGCAGUCUUCAGAGGCACAGUGUCAUCCACGACCCAGAGAGGAGGAAGAUGAGGAGGCCUGGCCUUAAAAGAUCGCUUACAUCUAGAUUAAGUGGGUACUGUGAGAUGAAGAGAAUGGUCUACAAGAAGAACCGGAAGCCUGACUCACAGUCAGGGUUGUCACGAGAAGAACCAGACCGUCCUGAUCCUGUUGAGUUGGUGUCCCUCCUGCAGGACACGUCUUUGUUGUGCAGUCCUGCUGUGAACACACAUGAACUCCCUAAUGCUCUGACUGCACCUUUAACGAUGUAGAGUUCAAUGGUUGAACUUAUGUCAGGACAACAAGCACCUUAGAUCAUGUGUUCAGUGUUUUUCUUUUAUGUAUAAUUGCAGGAAGUUUUUGUAGAAGUUGUUUUUUUAUUCUUUACAGUUCUUGCUCAAGUAAAUUCAGAAAAAUGAACAUUUUUGUAAGUGAAAGAAGUCAUUAAGAUUUUGUAACCAAUAAUUGCACUGUUGUUUUGUUUUAUUUGCUUUAUGCUGUUACAGAAGGCUGGACAUUAUUUCAGCUGCCACGGGGAAAAUGAAGGGCCCACUGAACAUGUUUGUCAUUUGGUAUGAGCAGAAAAUAUAUUUUCAUCAUCACUUACAUUUAAAAU